AUGGGGAGGUCGAAGAGCGAGGCCCCGAGGAGGCUGCGCUUCGCGUCGCCCGACGAGGCCGGAGACGACGUGGAGUGCAGCGGCGCGUCGUGCCGGUCGUGCGCCGCGGUCAUGGUCGCCGACUGCGUCGCGCUGGGCUGCUGUCCCUGCGCGGUGGUCGACGUGCUCGCCUUGGCCUUGGUGAAGGUCCCCUGGGCGGUGUCGAGGAGAUGCUUGGGGAUGCUGAAGAGGAGAGAGGGGGCUUCGCGAAGACGAAGGGUGAGAGAUGAGGGAGGAGUAGAGAGGAUGAGGGGGGAGGUGGUGGUCGAGGGAAGGGAAGCGAAGAGCUCGGAGAAGAUGAAGCGGUGGGCUGACGUUGGAGCGACGGUGGGGGAGAAUGGCCAAGGAGGUCAACGAUCUGACGCUGAUAAGGUGUGGAUGGAGCUGUAUCAGAUCGGGCACUGGGGGUUUGGUUGUCAUUCUCGGGAAUUCAGGGGAGGGGCAAUUAGGGAAGACACGUAG